AUGGACGAAAGCCUCAAGAAGGAUUUGAAGGGUGUGAAAGAGAAGAUUAAAUCGGGGAUUCAGGAUGUGAUUAAGGAAUUGGAAGUUGAGAAAUUGGAUCAGAAAGUGAAAGAUGAUUUGAAGACGUUGAGGAAGAAGAUUCAGAACCUUUCCUCAACUGUGGAGAGUAGUACGGCUGACGGUGCUGGGCUUGUAAGUGAGCAUUUGAAGGCGCUUAAAGAAACGUAUACUACGCUGUAUAAACUUGCUGAUAAGAAUGAAGCAAAUUCAAUCGUGAAACUGACGAAGGGACUUGACCAGAAGUUUAGGGACAACAUCCAAAGUCCGCUCAGCACUAAAGUCAAAGCAGUUGACCAGGCGAUUGAGAGGCUUGGCGGGAAGUUUAAUAAAGGCGGUACAUUUAAUAGUAUUCAAGAGAUUUUCGGGCAUAUUCAAAAACAGGUUGGGGAGAUUAAGGGGGAGGCGGGGACAGUGCAAAAUGGUUGGAAACUGGAAGGUGGUAGCGGUCUCGAAGGGAUUAAGUCGAAAGUGGACCAUUAUUUCAAAGCAUUCAGCGAGGGCAACGGCUGGAAGUUUGCGGAAAUUGCGAAGGGCUGGAUUGAAGAGACUAUUUUGAAGAAUAACGGUUUGGUGAGAGAUAAGAUUAACGACAAGAUUGUUGCAGGAAGCAAAGAAAACGCUAUCCAGGAGAUGGCAGGCAAAAUGAAGGAUAAGCUAAAGAACGAGGUUAUUGACGAAGCGUUCAAAAAGUUAAAUUUUGUCACCACCACCGGCAACGAUGAAAUAACACAAAAAAUUGAAAAGGUCAAAGAGGCCUGCGAGGCGUUCGCCGAUGAUCUUGACGGGAAACUGAAGGAACCGGACAGUGCUAAAUCUGGCAUAGUCCAUAAGGUUAAGGGUGAGUUGACAAGUUACAUUGCCAAGAAAGUAAAAUGCAUCUGCUAUUGCGGUCACUGCAACAACAACAAGGAGUGCAGUAGAAACUCCGUCACUGCUUUCAUCCUGGGAGCACUCUCCUCUGUGUCACGGCAAGUGGGCAACGAACUGAAUUCAGUGUUUCUCAACAACGACAACAACGGAAAUCCCAGCAAUGGGAGCAUCGCAGCCAUCUUGGACAAGAUCACGCCGAUUGCUGAGGAACUUGAUGAGAAGCUUAAAGCGGCGACAAACAAUUCCCUUCCUCCGCCCGGCCAAGACAGCCCCGCCAAAGCCGUGGACAGUAGGUUGAAGGCGGUGAGGGAAUUCGUGAGUGGAAAAAAUGGUAAUGAUAUUACUAAAAUUUUUAAUGAGCAAGUCAAACAUACUCUCGCUGAAGAAGUCAACAAACUUCCCGGCGCCGUUAACGCUUUCAACAAGUCAGCCGAAGCACAGAUCAAGGCUGCGGCCCAGACGGCGAUCAACAAGGCGGCUGAGCAGAUUAGCAGUGGUGGUAAAAUUGAGCUUGGCCCUAAGCUCAUGGAGCAAUUUAUCAAUAAGUUCAAUCCUAUAAAAACUGGGCUCAAAGAACAACUUGAUACACAAGUUGAUGAGCACAUUGGGCAGGAUGAUCCGACAGGUGGCCAAGCGGAUAAAGUCACGCUUUCAGAUCUUUUCAAGCAAUACAUAACGUACGUUGUACCAGAAAAAGUAAAAAGUGGUUUAACCGGCAUUGCAGGCGAAGGCAAACUCCCAGAGGCGAUCGGGAAGAUUAAAGGUGAGGGUCUGGAUGCGCUUGAAAAGACUAUUGGUGACGGUCAGCCAGAUAAAAUUGAUAACAAUAACCUUCACCGCUCCGUUCAAAGCAAUUGA